CCCGCGGAGGGACCGUCCCGAGGCCCCGGCAGAGCCGAGGAGGGCGAGGGGCACGGGCAGCGGGCCAUGGACGACCACGGUCUGGAUGAGUUCCGCCGGCGCUGGCAGGAGGAGCUGGCGCAGGCCCAGGCGCUGAGGAAGCGGCGGCGGCCACGGCGGCCCGAGGUGGCCCCCGAGCACGGGGAGCAGGCCUCGGGGUACCUGGCGCUGGCCCAGGACCUUCUGGAGGGCGCGGGGCGACCCCCGGCGGCGCGGGCCACCCGGGCGGAGAGGCCGGACUCGGCGGGCCGUUCUCGCUCCCCUCUAGCUCGUGAGGGCGCCGGGGGCGGGGAGCAGCUGGUGGACCAGCUCAUCCGCGACCUGGAUGAAAUGGACGACGUGCCCUUCUUUGAUAUCCAGCUGCCGUAUGAACUGGCAAUCAAUAUAUUUCAGUACCUGGACAGGAGAGACCUGGGAAGGUGUGCGCAGGUGAGCAAGACGUGGAAGGUGAUCGCCGAGGACGAAGUGCUGUGGUACCGGCUGUGCCAGCAGGACGGCCGCCUUCCCGAGAGCAGCAUCUCUGACUACUCUUGCUGGAAGCGCGUCCUCCGAGAGUGCCGAGCCAAGGAACACAUGUUAAGAACCAACUGGAAGAACCGCAGGGGCGCCGUGAGUGAGCUGGAGCACGUCGCCGACGCGGUUUUGUGCGAUGUGCACUCGCACGAUGGCGUCGUCAUCGCAGGCUACACAUCGGGGGACGUGAGGGUGUGGGACACCCGCACCUGGGACUACAUGGCCCCCUCCCUGGCCUCGGAGCACGAGGAGGAUGAGCCUGGAACGCAGCCAUAUGUCUCCUUUGUGAGGAUAAACAGCUCGCUGGCGGUGGCGGCUUAUGAGGAUGGAUUUCUUAACAUUUGGGGCCUGAAGACUGGAAAGCACCCUGUCCGCCGCCUCGGGCACGGUGCAAGAAUACAGGCGCUCGCCCUCGGCCGGGAGGACGCAACUGUCGCCGCCGCCUCCGCUUUCAGUGUCGUCAUGUUGCGCCCCGACGAGGAGGGCUGUUGGCAAGCAGCUGCAGAAUUUGAGGUUCAGAAACUGGUUGACUACCUAGAACUAGUUCCAGACACCGAAAGGCACCCGGUGGCAGUUGCCACUGCUGGAGACCUGGUGUACCUGCUGAAGGCCGACGCCUCUGCCAGAACCCUGCACUGCGUCUACGGCCAGCCUGCCACCUGUCUCGACGUCUCGGCCACCCAGGCUGCCUUUGGAGUGAAGAGUCUGGGAUGGGUGCACGAAGGAAACAAGAUCCUGGUCUACAGCCUGGACGUGGAACGCUGCCUCUCGAAGCUGGGCAACGCGCUGGGCGACUUCACGUGCGUCAACCUCAGGGACAGCCCUCCCAAUCUCAUGGUCAGCGGCAACAGGGACAGGAGGGUGAGGAUCCACGACCUCCGCACCCACCAAGUCGCCGCGUCACUGUCUGCCCACCAACUCGGGGUGUCUGCAGUCCAGAUGGACGACUGGAAGAUCGUCAGCGGAGGCGAGGAGGGCCUGGUCUCCGUGUGGGACUACCGGAUGAACCAGAAGCUGUGGGAGGUGCACUCUAGGCACCCCGUCCGCCACAUCGCCUUCGACAGCCACAGCCUCAUCACGGCCAACGUGCCCUCCGAGAGGGUGGUGCGCGGCGCCGACCUGGACAACUUCACCACGCACAGGAGACACCAGGGGCUGGUCCAGGCCUACGAGUUUGCAGUGGACCAGCUGGCCUUGCGGAGCUCGCUGCCCUGCGACACCACGGCAAGCCACGGCUGCGACCACGUGCCGGCCUUUCCCUGGGGCGGUGUUUAGGGAACGAGGACAGGAGGAGAACCACGUUCGUGAGUCUGAAGACACCCGAGGAGGUCUGCGGGAGCACGCCCACCCAGGGUGCCCGUGUGGCGCCUGUGGUCCCGAACUGCCCUCGCUUUCCCCAUCUGUCUGUCUGCCUCCAGCAGCUGCGCGCAGCCCGAGGGUGUCGGGCGUGUUCCAGCUUCCUCUGUUCCCUGUCUCAGGAGUGACACCCCAGCCCGGCUCCCGUGGGCCCCACACAGCUGGGACACGGCAGGGCGGGGCCUGGCUGCAGCACCAGCCGAGGCCUGGGGUUCUCACUGAGCAAAGGCCCUUCGGGCCCUGCUCCUGCCUGCUGGUCUCUACACCUGCAGGGCCCCAGCACCCACCCUUUGGAGAAGAUGGAGCGUUCCCUCGGGGUGGGCGUCUGACACCACCCCGACCACCCAGCGUAACCCCAGGGUCAGCGGUGCUGCCCCACAGAGCUCCUACCACAGUGUGUAAUUACACACUCGCACCCUCGUUUCUCCAGUGACUGCUUUGCUGACUGUUGCGCCUACCACACGGGAUACGGGGCAGGUGUCUUCUACGUUGUCACCCACAAAGCGGCCUCCUCCAGGCAGGGUGUGAGGUGAGUCUGCAGGGGAGCCUGGGCGCGACAGGGCAGAGCCGUCGGGGCACCGUCUGCCGAGCCACCGAGCGAAAGCCACCACCAGAGGGCUGUUCGGUGUGACGGGCAGCCGCCGCCUAACAUGCCUUCAGAACACCAAAACGAAAAACAGACCCACUAAGGAACACAGCACGGGCCCCCGAGGGUGAGCGGCAGCCCAGAGCAGUGGAAGCACUGAGGCAUUGAGCGUUAGUACAACCUCCCAGUGGCUCCAGCAAAUGCAUGCGGCAUUUUGAGACCGUGGCAAGUACCCGAGGAGGAAGACCACCAAGACAGUCUCGGUGCGUGAGGGCUGGUCCCGGGCAGGCCCCGGGCAGCGACCCCCAACCCUGGUGCAGGAAAACCGGAACCGACGACAAGCUGAAGGAUAAAAACGUACCUGCCACUUCCCAGCGCUGCAGAAUGAACUCGGUUUUAAAGAAGGAAGUCGAAACGGAAAAGCGUGAACUCCCCAGACCUGGGGGACCGGGGGAGCACAGCCGCAGCCCGGGGACAAGGCCACCCGAGGUUCCUGAGGGAAGGGUGUCCUCGUUGUCAUCGUCAUGGGGGCUGGCACCUGUGACCUCGCCUCCGUGAGGGUUUCACCCCUCGUGGCCUCGCUGCAGCGAGACCGCUGGGCUGGGCGGCACACAUUUCCUCUGAAGAAACGGCUCUUCCAGCCUGAUGUCACAGCCCCCUGUGCGGGCACAUCCUCCCUUCCUGGCUUUGCAGCUGUCUAAGAUCACUGAACAGUUCUAAAGGAAUCAGACCCGGAGAGUUACACUAAAAUUGAAAACAGUUGCGAACUGUUGUCAGUCACCGCCAGCAGCUGGUCCAGUAUAAAAUGCUAUAAGCACAGGGUUGUUUUUUUUUCCCCUCCCCCACUUGUGUAUACUUCAUCUCCCACUCACGGUAAGUGUGCGGGUUCUGUGAAGGAGAGCUGACCAGACCCGGACCCCCAGCGCACAGCCUCAGGUUUUCUGCUGCGAACUCCUCCUCCUGGGAGGCGCCGGACUGAUGGGGCAGGAGCGAGCCCCCCACCCCCCGAAGACCGGCGUUAACCCGGCAACAGUGGAGACCUCGGCCUGCGGCCUCUCGGCUCCGCUCACCCCGCCUUACCCUUCUCCUGUCACCUGCUGCUGCUCGAGCUCCUCCCCCGCGGUCCCCCUGCCGACAGGGGAGACCACAGGGCAGGGUGGGGAGUGCGGGGAGUGGAGCCCUGCACACCAGAGCUCUGUGUCCUGUCUCAGGCGUCCCGUGGGUUUCAUUUCUGCUUCAUAACAUGUCUGUCGGCUCUGAUAUUAAAUUCUUAAACUUGA